ACAGUGUGGAUUCAGUGUGUGGAUCGAAAUGUAUCAACAAAUAAAAUAUAUAGCUUUUCUCUCACUCUUGCAUACCUAAUCUAUUAUUGAGCCGUGAUUAAUGGGACACCGGAAUAGUGGCGAGUGCAUUGACAAAUCCCGGGAGAAGAUGUCACUUUUCGGGAAUAGAGCAUUUUUUAAGUAGAUUUUUUUCCUAAAUAUGUCUAUAUCACUGCACGAGGCAGUAUUUUCUGGUGAUAUUAAACUCCUCUCACAGCUCCUGAGAACUCAGGAUGUUACGCAAAAGGACAAACACGGUAACACCCCUUUGCACUUAUCAGUGAUGUUAGGCAGAAAAGAAUGCACCCAACUCCUUCUUGCCCAUGGAGCUCCUGUGAAAGUGAAAAACCUUCAAGGAUGGUCACCUCUAGCCGAAGCAAUUUCCUAUGGAGACCGACCCACAAUUCACCUCUUGCUGUGGAAGUUGAAGAGACAGGCACGAGAUCAGAUGGAGCAAAGGCGCCCCAAUUUAGUGAAGGCUCUCCAGCAAAUGGGAGACUUUUACAUGGAGCUCAAAUGGGACUUUCAAUCAUGGGUUCCACUGGUUUCGCGAAUCCUUCCAUCAGAUAUAUGCAAAAUUCACAAGGCAGGAUGUUCAAUUCGCCUGGACACGACACUUGUGGAUUUUUCGGAAAUGAAAUGGGAACGUGGUGACAUAUCAUUUAUAUUCCGUGGCGAUAAGCCACCAAAAGAAUCCCUCACUGUACUCGACAAUGAGUACCAAUGCUACCAACGUGUUCGCUAUGAAGAAACUGAAGCUGAGAUUGAAGAUGAAGUGGAUAUUCUCAUGUCAAGUGACAUUAUGGGUGCGCAGAUGUCUACAAAGAGUAUUAACUUUACACGCGCUCAAUCUGGCUGGAUAUUCCGUGAGGAUCGCAAAGAGACAAUUGCCGGGCAGUAUGAAUGUGACUUGUACUGCAUUAAUGGUCUCGUGUUGGAAUCCAGGAAGCGCAGGGAGCACCUCUCGAGGGAUGAUUUGCAAAAGAAUAAAGCUCUCAUGGAAUCCUUCACGAAGGGACAUUCCCAAAGUGUCGAUCAAAAUGGAGAAAUUCUACGAAGAACAUCUCUAUCCCCACCACCGAAUAGCAAUGUGACAUGGGAUGAAUAUUUAAAAGCAGAACCAGGAGAUCAUCCAAAAUUAGGCAGGGAUUUAGUCUAUAAGGAAUCUAGCAAGACAUUUAGAGCUACAGUAGCUAUGAGUAAGGACUUUCCUUUAACAGUGGACAUGCUACUUAAUGUACUAGAAGUCAUUGCACCGUUUAAACAUUUCUCCAAGUUGCGAGAAUUUGUAACACUGAAGCUCCCAAGUGGAUUCCCAGUUAAAAUUGACAUCCCCAUUCUACCAACGGUCACAGCAAAGAUUACAUUCCAAAAAUUUGAGUUUCGUGACAAUAUUCCAGCAAGUAUGUUUGAUGUCCCGGAUAACUAUGUUGAGGACAACAUGAGGUUUCCCGACUUAUGACGUAUCGAACUCAUAACUGUAAUUGAAUUCACAACCAAUCAACGUAUCCUGUUCGAGAAUAAUUACAUGUCCUUAAAUUUUCCCAUGAUUUAAGACGUGAUGCACAGAUAUUGUAUCCUUAAAUUUUUUUUGGUAUAAUUUAUAAAUUUUUAAGCAUACCACACUACUAUAUAGAUAAAAUAAAAAAUAAAUAAAAAAACAUUAUUUUUUUUUAAAUUUAGAACGUACCAAAUAUUUUAAUUCAAUUUAUUGCGUUAUAAUUAUUUUUUAAGUUGAUUUUAAAUCUAAACUUGCUAUUUGUUAUUGAUUUGUUGGUGUUUUUUAUUUCAUUUUGUUUUUAUCACAAAAUGAUUUACAUAUAUACUUAAGAAAAUUUGUUUUCUAUCUUAUUUUAAUGCCAAAACACUUGUGUUUUAAUUAAUUCUUUUUCAUUGUGAUUUGAAUUCCAUUAAUUAUGAUUUUUGCAUUGAUUAUAGAGUGAUAAACUAUGGUUCCCAAGCAUUUACUUUAAUUUUAUCAUAUAAUAUACAUAGAUUUUUUUAUUUGUUGAGUUAGUUAAUCCAGAAGAAUAAGAAUGUGUGACAACUCAUCAAAGAAAAUAAUUUUAGCUUUAAUAUUCAAGAGUAAAAAAAAUAGAAAAUAUACAUUCCAAUUUCAAGUAAUAACUUUUCUAUAAAAGAAAAUUUAUAUAAAAAAAAUAAAAGCAUUUUUAGUGAGUGAAAAUAAAUUAAGUAGAAAAGCAAAAUAAUAAGUAAUAAUAUUUUACAACAACAGCAACAAAAAAUCUUUGUAUAACUAAACUAUCUUAAGUAAAAAGAAUAAUAUUGCCACUGCACUGUUCUUUGGUUGUAGUAAAUGUGCUUUAAAAGAAAGAAGAAGAAGUAAAAACAAUGAAGAAAAAAUGUCCAUUUUAGAUACAUACAUAUACUUGAGAUCAUCCAAUAAAAAAGUUUAUAUACCUAACAUUAAUUUUACAGGCCACAACAUAAAAAAAUGUUUUUUUUGUGCCCAAAUUAAAAAGACAUUUUACACUUUGCAGAUUAACUAUUAAAAAAAAGAGACACAAAAAACAGUGCCAUAUAUAUUAUUUUCUUUUUAUAAAUGCAUAAAUUAUACAUAUUCUUCAUCAUAGUAAAGUAUUGAAGGAAAUAAAACUCUAAUAUCAAUCUAAAAGGAAAUAUUACUACGCCACAUACAAUAAUAAAUACAAAAAGAAAUUUAAAUGAUCUCGAGUUGGGAGAAAUUGUGAAAUAAUUGUAUAUUUGUUUUUUUGAAAAAAAAAACUAUAAUGUUUGUUAAUUUGAUCUUAUUUUCUUUUUGUUUUUCAAUUGAGAGAAUAAAAAAUGAAAACAGGAACACAAA